GGAGUACAUCGAGGAGGCCAUUUCAACCCUUGACAGAGAUAUGCUACAGAAAGUCUGUGCUUAACCAUCAGGUGACAUGAGAGGCGUAAAGGGGACAAUUAAAAUGUCCUGUGUGCGUUUGAGAAGAAAGUGUGCUCUGUAAUGUCCAAUCUCAAACUGCUAAGAAUGUCUACAUUUUAAAAGAGAAGUUUGGAAGUCAAAUGAUUGAAAGAGGCCUUCCUGUGGAUAUGCUGCUUGAUGUGACUCUAUCUGAGCCUUCUCUCCCAUUGACAGAAACAAACUGCAAGCCAGCUAGGAAGGGAGUUUAUUUUGCAUGUUUCCAGCUCUGUAUGAUGCUGUGGCAGCGGGGAUUUCCCCAACCUUUAGCUGAUCCUCCAGAUGGCUUGGAUAUUGUGCAGCUUGAGCAACUGGCAUAUUGUCUGAGUCAGUGGGCAUCUCUUUCUCGCCAACCUAAGGAUAAUCAAGACAUAUACAAAAGGUUUUUGUUUCACUACUCCAGAACUCAGGAGGCAACACAUCCAAUUAAAACUGGGUUUCCUCCAGUGCAUCCUCUAAUGCACCUGGCUGCCAAGCUCGCCACCAGACGGAUGAAGAGAUUUCUGCAGCGAGGUUCGGGGACUGCUGCAGUGGACUUCACCAAGAAGGAUCACGCUGCCACCUGGGGACGACCCUUUUUCCUUUUCAGGCCCAGGAAUGGCAGAAACACUGAAGAUGAGGCCCAGUAGGUAGUCCAAGGAUUCAAUGGUGAAAGAAAGCUGGAUCUGAUGAGGCCAUCCAGGGAUUAUGUUGAACAAAUAUCAAAUUUCUUUCCAUGAACAGUAUUUAAAGAUAUUUCUCUUGCUCUGUGUUCACUAGAUAUUCAGCUUCAUAAAAGUAA